AUAUGCAAAUCUCUCCGAGUUGAUUGGUCAAGGCAAAGGGAGUCUAGGAGUCUUUGAGAGACUGGGCAGACUCUGCUCUGGAGUUGUUGGUGGAGAACAGAGUCCAUUUCAUUGAAUCUAUUCACUUUAAGUGCCUUUUUAAGUCUGUCUGCAUUCCUUAGAGGGGAAGCCUGUCCAACCCUUCGGAGCCUUUUGGAAUCCUUGGGCAUUUAGCUUAAAGCAAGUUGCCAUUGAAGGUCUAAGGAUGAAGUUUGAGAGCCUGUUGGCAGAAGUUGGCGGUUUUGGACGCUUCCAAAUUGCGCUCAUUCUUUUGCUGGUGAUCCCACGGGUCACCCUGCCGUUUCACUUCUUGAUGAAUAAUUUUAUCGCCGCCAUCCCGUCGCACCACUGUGACAUCACUUCUCUGGAUGCCGAUGGUGUAUUUGAGAAUCUGACCCAGGAGCAAAGACUGACUGUCAGCAUUCCACAACAUGAAGACGGAACCUUUGCUUCCUGUCACAUGUUCACAGAGCCUCAGUUCCACCUGCUGGAGAACUCAUCUGGUGCCACAGAAUUUCCUGUUGCCCAGUGCCAGGAUGGAUGGGAGUAUGACCACAACACUUUUAAGUCAACCUUGGCUACUGAGUGGAAUCUGGUAUGUGAUAAGAAGGGUAUGAAUAAAGCCACGGCCACCAUCUUCUUCAGUGGGGUGAUGGUUGGAGCAGCUGUAUUAGGCAGUCUGAGUGACAGAUUUGGCAGGAAGCGCAUGCUGAUGGUGUCCUAUCUCUCGGCGUCUUUCUUUGCCAUCGCCAGUGCAUCCUCGACCUCCUAUGUCAUGUUUGCUGUUAUGAGGUUCUUUACAGGAAUGGGAAUCACCGGCAUUAGCAUCAUCAGCAUUGUACUCUGUGUGGAGUGGUCAGACAUCAAACACAGGACAAUCGUGGCAGUGAUGAUAAGCCUUGAUUGGUCCAUCUUCACCAUGAUACUGCCAGGCAUCGCUUACUUUGUCAAUGACUGGAGAUUCUUGGUUGUCACAGCAACAUCUCCUCUGGCACUGGCGAUAAUCUGUUGGAGGUGGAUACCAGAGUCAGCACGAUGGUUGAUAGCCAAUGGCAGAUUAGCAGAGGCCCAUCACUAUCUCACUAGGUGUGCUUCAGUCAAUCACAGAGAAAAAAGUCUGAAAGACUUCAAGCCCCAGACCCUCGCCACUGUUAUUGUCACAGAAGGGGACACAAAGUACACAUAUUUGGAUUUAAUGAGAACUCCCGUGAUGAGGAGGCUGGCUGUGCUCACUGGCUUUACCUGGUUUGGCGUCGCAUUCACAUACUACGGAAUCAGUUUAAACGUGGCAGGGUUUGGUCUAAACAUCUACCUGACCCAGUUCAUAUACGGUAUCAUAGAGUUGCCAGCGAAGCUGCUGAUCUACCUGAGUCUGAAUAAGAUGGGUCGCAGAUACAGUCAGGCAGGCACACUGGUCAUGACAGGGGUGUGUAUCGCCAUCACCAUCCUCAUUCCUAAGGAUAACUGGCUUCCUCGCACUGUUGUAGCGGUGAUGGGAAAAGGCUUUUCUGAGGCUUCCUUCACAGCUGUGUUUCUGUACACCACUGAGCUCUACCCUACGGUCUUACGGCAGAACGGGAUGGGUUUUUGCUCCUGUGUGGCCCGUGCUGGUGUAUCAGUGGCACCACUGAUCAGCCUCCUAGAAGAGACGUGGACUCCCCUGCCACAGGUCCUGUUCUGUUCUAUAGCCAUCAUAGCGGGCCUCCUUGCGCUGCUCCUCCCCGAGACCCACAACGUACGCCUGCCUGAAACCAUCGAGGACGUUGAGCAGACAAGGAAAAGAUCCAUCUGCCUUGAAGAUCUGAGAGAACUGCAGCAGGCAACUUCUUUAGGAUCAAAUGCGAAAAGCAUGACCGUGAUUUAAGGAGGAGCCGCAGAAUAGAAGAAAUUAGUAAAUAGUAAAUAGGAUACGUGUUUCCAUUUAUAAUACUUCACAAUAAUGUUGUAGGACAACUUAUACAAAUAGUAGUGUUUUUUCGGAGGCUUUAAUGUAGGAAAUGCUGUGUAGAAGUGCUGAAGCAUUCUUUGUGUAAUUUCUACAAAAUAAACAAUUUGAACAGC